AACCUAAAACAAACAACAACCUCAGCUCCGACCUCCUCCUCGUAUAAAAACAAAACCCAAAAACUCUCUUUCUCUGUCUGUCAUUUUGUAAUUUUCCAAAGUGAACGGUUGGAGAGAGAGAGAGAGAGAGACAGAGAGUUUGGACUUUUUCUAAGGAACGCUGAAAAUUCAAAGUCUUUUCGAGGAAAUAAUCAAUCUACAGUCUUAGGGGCUUUGGUUUGAGUUAGAAUGGGUGAGCACCUGGUUUUGUGUGUUGAUCGCCUCAUUACACCUGAAAGUUUGCAAUCACUGCAAGUGGCUGAAGCAGCGCCAGGAUCUUCUGGAGAGAGUUCUGGCUCACAUCCUGCUGAUCCACCCACUUGUUCCAUUGAUGUUGAGGGGGUUGAGGAACAUGGGAUGUCUGAAGAAGAACCACUGAUUCAGACAGUGGAAUGUCGCAUUUGCCAAGAGGAGGAUAGCAUUAAGAAUUUGGAGAUCCCUUGUGCUUGCAAUGGUAGUUUGAAGUUUGCUCAUAGGAAGUGUGUUCAGCGAUGGUGCAAUGAGAAGGGAGAUAUUACUUGUGAGAUAUGCCAUCAGCCUUAUGAACCUGGUUAUACUGCCCCACCUCCUCACUCUGAAGAUACUACAAUUGAUAUAAGGCAAGGUUGGACGAUUUCUGGUACCCCAUUGGAUCUGCGUGACCCUCGACUGUUGGCAAUGGCAGCAGCAGAAAGACAUCUUUUGGAGGCUGAGUAUGAUGACUACGCUGAUACUAAUGCCAGUGGAGCUGCAUUUUGCCGCUCCGCUGCUCUAAUUUUAAUGGCCCUUCUGCUGUUAAGACAUGCCCUAUCUCUUACCAAUGCUGAAGGGGACGAUGAUGCUUCCACUUUUUUCUCUCUUUUCUUACUACGGGCUGCUGGUUUUCUUCUCCCAUGUUACAUUAUGGCCUGGGCCAUCAGUAUAUUGCAGCGUCGAAGACAAAGACAGGAAGCUGCAGCACUAGCAGCAACUGAAGUUGCAUUUAUGCUGCAAGCUGGACAACGUCGGGCCUUGCAGUUCACCAUAGCACCAGGACCUGCAGUGACCCCCCAUCAGGAACCACUUCAAUGAUAUGUCAUUGAUAAUUGUGUUAAGAUUCUGCAUUGGUGAAGCAGAAAACUUGGAAUUGGAAAUUUGAGCGUGCUGUUUAAUUUGCUACUGGCAGAGUGAGAAAAUUGGAGGGUUAUGUUUUACUUUUCUGUGAAGUUGUAUCUUUAAUAGGGUCUUCUAUGACCCUUUCUCAUAUUUUUAAUUUAAAAUUUUUCCUUUGAAUCUCCUCCCAUUUCUCUCAUUAUGUUUGUACAUAUAACUCGGAUCUUACUGCAGCAACAGUUAUGCUACUUGGGAAAACUUGUCUUAUUAGAGCUGUUUCCACAUAUUAUCAUAAAUGCAAACAAUCCUGAAUGCUAGAA